AUGAAUUUCAGCGAUGAGCGCCAGCCCUCGAAACUGGGCCAGCAAAGUCCCGAGCUCGGUGAGCACUCUGGAGACGAGACUGUGGCUGCAGUGCAGGACGGAACGGUGAUCAACGCGUCUGGAUACAAAGACCAGCUGAAGAGGCAGUAUGGCCUCCUCGGGCUCGCGGGAAUCGCCCUGACCGUCGACAAUGCCUGGAUUGCUUUGGGCUCGUCAAUAUCUGUCUCCAUCGCUAAUGGCGGUCCUCCUGGCCUUAUCUUUGGGCUUAUCGUCGCGGUCUUCUACUAUUCGUUCAUUGGUCUCGGCCUUGCUGAGUUCUCUAGUAGUGUGCCAACCGCUGGCGGCGUCUACCACUGGGGGACAAUUGCAGGCGGGCCCAGAUGGGGACGCAUGGUCGGCUUCUUCACCGGCUGGAUCAACUUCUACGGCUGGAUGUUCGACCUAGCAGCACUGAUUCAGAUCACUGCCAACGUCUCGGUCAACCUCUACGUCGUCUACCACCAGUCGACCUAUGUCUACGAAGCAUGGCACGUAUACGUCGCCUAUGUCCUGAUAACAUGGUUCUGCGUGGCGACUGUGGUAUUUGUCAACCGUGUCAUCCCACACACCCAGACGGUGGGCAUGUUCUUCGUUAUCGUGGGCGGCGUCGUGACCAUCAUCGUCAUAGCCGCCAUGCCGAAGCAGCACGCAAGUAACUACUUCGUCUGGGGUUCGUUCAAGGAGAACAACAUCACGGGGUGGCAGGACGGCGUCGCGUUCUUGCUCGGCGUGCUCAACGGUGCCUUCACCAUCGGCACACCUGAUGCGAUAACGCACAUGGCGGAGGAGCUGCCGCACCCGAAGAAGGAUCUCCCCAAGGCCAUCGGCCUCCAGAUAGGGCUCGGCUUCCUGUACGCGUUUGUGUUCGCCAUUGCCAUCUCCUACGCCAUCACGGACCUGAGCGUGCUCACCACUGGUAUAAACACCUACCCUUUGGCGAGCAUCUACGCGCAGGCAACGGCCAACGGGGACGGCAGCCAGAACCUGGGCGCCCAGUUCGGGCUGUUGUUCAUCAUCUGGUGCUCCUCGAUGAUGUGCUGUAUCGGCACGAUGGUCACGAACUCCCGCAUCUACUGGGCCCUCGCCCGCGACAACGCCGUGCCCUUCUCGAGUUUCUUCUCCAGGGUCUCGGAGCGGCUGUCGUGCCCCGUGCCGGCCACGCUCUUCGUGGCCAUCGUCGCGACCGGCCUCGGGGCUAUUCCCAUCGGCAGCUCGACGGCGUUCCUCGACCUCACAGGCUCCUUCAUCAUCCUCACGACGAUCUCGUACGCGAUACCCUUCAUGGGCAACGUCCUGACCGGGCGGAGGCACUUCCCCAGGGGCCCGUUCCACCUAGGGAAGUGGGGCACUGCCGUCAACCUGGCGGCUGUUGUGCUGAUCACUUUCUUCGACAUCUUUUUCUGCUUCCCUUUUGCCCUGCCCACGACCGCCGAGGCGAUGAACUACAACAGCGUGAUCACGGUAGGAGUCUUGGUGCUCACCGCGGCGUGGUGGGUCAUUCAUGCUAGAAAGAACUACCCCGGGCCGAAGGUGAUGACGAUGUAUAUCCACGACGGGCAGUCGGUAGAGGAGCCCCUCGCGGCCGGCGGGCUGAACACUGAGAAGCAGGAGAAGAAGGAUGAAAAGUACUGA